GGGGGGGGAGGUCGGCGCCCGGGGGCUGCCGGGAAGAUGGCGGACUCGGGGUCCGGGCGGCGCUGAGCGGCGGGGCGACGGCGGCGGGUCCGGGGCGGCCGCCAGCGCCAUGGUCUCCCGGUUCCCGGCAGCGCCCCGAGCCGCCCAGCCCUCGCCAUGCUGCGCCUGCUGCCAUGGCUCGCAGCGCUGAGCCGGGGCGGCGCGGGGCCCGGCGGCCCGCGGGGCCUGGCCGCUGCUGAGGGGCUCGGCGCCGGCAUGUAUCCCGCCUGCUACUGCGCGGGCAGGGCCAAGCCGCGGCCCGUGCUGCUGCCGCUGGACGCCUGCGGCCAUGGGCUGCUGCACGCCGUGCCGCCCGACGCCUGCGGCAGGGCCCGCGGCCACGGCAAGAGGAAGAGCUGGAACUUCAUCCACGAGAAGAUGAGCUACGACACCUUCUUCACGAUGAAGCGUCUGAUCGAGCGGUCGCGCAGCGUCGGGGAGGUGCUGCGGUGGGUCACGCAGAACCCCGGCAAGGUGUCCGCCAGCCACUACCCCAUUGCCCUGCACAAGCUGGGGCAGCUCCUGCAGCAGCAGCAGGGGCAGCCCGCCCUCAACGGCGAGGCCCGCGGGCCCGGGCAGGUGCUAGAGCAGCCCGAGUUCCAGACCCUGUGCCAGGCCAUCAUCGGCGGCUGCUCCAAGUUCGACAACUUCAGCAUCGUCAACUGCCUGUACGCAGCAGCGGCGCUGGGGCUGCCGGGGGAAUCGCCGCUGGUGCGGGUGCUGGAGGACGAGUCCCGCAGCCGCCUGGGCCGCUUCAACCAGAAGGACGUGUCGAUGGUGUUCAGCAGCGUGAUGAGGCUGCACCCGUCCAGCCCGCACCCGCUGGUGGAGUCCUGCCUCAGCAGCCUGGAGCGGCACCUGGAGAAGGAGCGGCACCCGCAGACCCUCUUCCUGCUGCUCUCCUACUACCGGCUGCGGGCGCAGGCGCUGCAGGGACACGCCGCCUCUGACCAGCAGCUCAUCAACAACCGCAAGAUCCUGCGCCUGGUGCGGCACACGCUGGGGCAGGUCAGCGCCAUGCGGGAGCACGAGCUGGCCCUCUUGGACGAGAUGCUGGCCCUGUGCGCCCAGGAGGCCAACAACAAGGCCCUGGAGGCCAUCUUCAGCUCCCAGCUCUUCUACGAGAACCGCCAGGAGCGAUUCAUCCGCAGCAUGGCAGACUGGCUCCCCAGGAAGGCAGAGAACCUCACCCCCUACACCAUGGCCCUCAUUGCCAAGUACGUGGCCCGGCACCGGCUGCGUGAGCCGCGGCUGCUGGACACCAUCGCCAACUUCCUGCUGAAGCGCGGGGAGCAGCUCGACAGCAAGGUGAUCCAGAAGCUGGUGUUUCCGUUCAGCCGCAUGAACUACCGCCCGUCCAACCACAGCGAGCUGUUCCCCAAGCUGGAGGCCAUCCUGGAGCAGAAGGCUGGCAGCUCGCCCCUGGCCACCGUCAACAUCCUCAUGUCCAUGUUCCAGCUCAGCCACUUCCCCCAGACCGUCCUGCACCAGGUCUUCUCCCCGGCCUUCAUCACCAACGUUAUGAGCAGCCCGUACGCGCUGAUCGUGCGCCGCUACCUGUCCCUGCUGGACGCAGCGGUGGAGCUGGAGUUCCGGCAGUACAGCGGCCCCCGCCUCGACCCGCGCUACCGCGUCCUCAUGUUCGAGCACGCCCUCACCGCCGACGAGGCCAACAGGAAGUACAGUUACAAGGGGCUGGUGGCCGAGGCCCUGCGGCAGCUGGUGGGGGAGGAGUGCUACCGGCAGGACGAGGUGCUGCCCCCGGGAUACUGCACAGACUUCCUGCUGUGGAUCAACCGCUCGGGCACCGUGCUGCCCCUGUCCCGCGUCCCCGCGGCCUGCAAGGCCCCCUCUGCCCACGCUGCCCCGUCUCCCGCCGCGCUGUCCCUGCGCUCCAGCGUCCUGGCCCUCACCUCAGACUUGCAGGACUUUGCCCCGUUUGCCGCGGAGACGCCGAGCAGCCCCCCGGGCCCCCGCGACGGCCUGGCCGGGCGCUUCCUGCCCACGCUCUGCCCUGCCCCGGGGGGGCCCUGCUACCAGCCCCCCUCGGACUAUUACUGCAGCCUGAGCAAAGAGUCUUCCCUGGAGAGCCAGGGCAGCUCCACGCUGAGCAGCCCCUCCGAGUGCCUGUCGGCGCAGCCGGCCGGGACCCCAGACUGCUCCCCCCGCGGCAGCUCUGCCGCCACCCUCUUCCAGUUCCCCAUCGGCAAGAUCCUGGAGGAGGAGGAGGAGGAGGAGGCUUCCACCUGCCCGGGGCACGACCACAACUGCUUCCAGGGGGAGGGGGCUCGGGAGGAGGCGGGGGAGAGGAGCCCCCCCCGCAGCGAGGACGCGUGCCCCCCGGCCUCACCGUGCCCGCAGCGAGCCCCAGGCGAGGGGCCGCAGGGGCCUGAGGACAUACAGAGGGUGGUGCUGUCGGUCAAUGACAAGUGGCACUACUGCCAGAACUCCGACAUCCUGGUGGGCUCUCGGGCCAUGAGGGACAGGCACUUGCGGCUCCUGGGCUACUGUCUGGUGCAGCUGCCCUACACAGAGCUGGAGAAGGUGAGUGGCAUCGAGGAGGCCAAGCACUACCUGCGUCAGAAGCUGAGGGAGCUGCGCUUCUGAGGGACAGCCACCCCGAGCGGGGGCACCGGCGAGUGCCGACAGCCCUUUGCCCGGGGCGGGGAGUCGGAGCUGCGCCCCCCGUCACAGGGGGGUGAGGGGAUGCGGGGCUGGGCCAUGGGCACCUGCUCCACGAUUAGGGGCCGGGGUAGUGUGAGAUUAUUUAUUGCUGUUAGCGGGGGGAAGGGGUGCGACGGACUGACUGGUGCGGAGGGGAGCGGCUGGGGAGGGGGGCGGCCCUCAGUGCCCCCCCCGUGCCCUGGCCCUGCCACCCCAGGCCUGGCUGUGGGGGUCACGGGGAGGGGUCCCUGCCCGGCCCAGUGGGGAGGGGGGUGGGCCCGGCAGCCCCCGGGGAGGGCAGGGACGGCUGUUUGCACAGGGGCUGCUCCCCGGCAGC